AUGGCCUUUCGGUCGCGGUCGAACUCUGACUUAAAUGCCCUCCCACAGCGCCCAGACCAGGGAGGCGCCUGGUUUCGCUUCCGCACGUCACCAACGAAGUUUCUCGCACAAUACGUUUACAGCCAACGCUCCACUGCGACCCUAUCUACCCCCGAGACCACCGACGGAGGCCGAAUAUCGGUUGUCUGCAUCUCCGACACCCACAAUACGAAGCCCAGCUUACCCGAUGGCGAUAUCCUCAUCCACGCCGGCGACCUCACACAGUCGGGGACGAGAUCAGAGCUUGAGCAACAGAUCGACUGGCUUGACGCACAACCUCAUCGGUACAAAAUUGUUAUAGCGGGAAACCACGAGCUCUGCCUUGAUGCAAAUCAUCCCAGCAACGAUGGCAAGGAGGACACCCGCCUAACUCUCGAUUGGAAAUCCCUCAUAUAUCUGGAAAACACGUCAAGGACCAUCAGGUUUGCCGACAGUCGGGUGCUGAGAAUUUUCGGAUCUCCUCAUACCCCUAAGCACGGCAACUGGGCUUUCCAGUAUCCGCGCGCCUACGCUGGCGUCUGGGAUGACAUGGCCGUCCCCGAGGACACGGAUGUCUUGAUUACGCACGGUCCGCCAAAAGCGCAUCUCGAUCUUGGGCAUCUCGGCUGCCAGUCCCUUCGGCAGACGCUCUGGAGUAUGAAACGCCGGCCGCUACUCCAUGUUUUCGGACAUAUUCAUGGCGGUUACGGGAAGGAAAUUGCCCGCUGGGACACAUUUCAACGGGCUUACGAGGCAAUAAUGGAUGAACACUGGAUAUGGCUGAAUCUUAUCGUGCUUGUGUACUGUUGGAUACUUGGCAUCUCCACAGGAUGGGCUGCAGCCGGCAAGCAAGAGACUGUCAUGGUCAAUGCGGCGGCAGUUGGUGGAGUGCGGGAUGAGAAGAGGAGAGAAGCUAUUUGCGUUGACCUCUAG